UAUACCUGCCAACAGAAAUCAUCCAACACUGCCACAGACUGAAAAAGUUUGCCUCACCGCUUAACUCACGGAAUCCUGAGACAGUAUAUAACGACUUCCUGCAAUUAACAAUGCUCCUGUUGGUCGCUAGUGUGAUCACCAUGGUGUGUCUCCCCCUGUCCGUUCUUGGCGCUUCCGAUGAUAGAGAUGCUCUUAUAUACAAAGUGGAAAUCUUCCUUCCCCCCAAAGAGGGAAGAGACGAGACUGCGGACAUACAGCAGAUUAAGGAGACGGUGAAACAUCUAAAUGACAUUGAUGUUCUCUUUUCAUUUAAGGAACUCGGGAAUCCAAGGAUUAUUCUUAUUCUUGACGUUGAGAAAGCAUGCAGUUGGCCUCAACUGACAGGCUUUCUGUCAAGCCAGGGAUUUGAGUUCAGCGUCACAUCCCUCUACCACUGCAGUGACUUCGCCAAGGAGCUUGGUCUCAACCUGCCCAACGACAUGUGGGUAUCAUCGUUCGGGAAUGAUGACCUUCUCAUGGAAAAGCAGAUAUUUCCUGUGAAAGACUUGUCAACACUUGAGUACAUAGAAAAGCUGAAGUGGACAUUCGAGAAAGAUUUAGCCAUUAUUAAAAACGGUCAGCCAGCGGAAUGUUUCAAAACUCUCGCAGAGUUUCCGGUUGAGCUGGUGUACUUCGGCCCAGCUAGUCAAAGUAAGAUGGAAGCAGAAGAAGACCUAUUGCAUGGACCUAAUACCUUUCACAAUGAAGUCUCACGCAUAGAAAAACUUGAUGAUUACACAGGAGUGUGCCAAGGAGACUAAACGGAUGUGACAACUGUAUAACUGAACAGAUAUUUAAACAAUAUUUAGAACACAGAAAUCUUGAUGAAGAUGCGCAACAAACGCAUUGUAUUUUACUGACAAACAUUCAAAUAACAAAUAGUUUGAGUUCGUUUCCGUGUGAGCUGGAGCACCUGGUGACGACACAUAGUGUCAUAGAGCUGUGUCACGUUGAUAAGUAUUGCACAGUUUGAAAUUUCACAUGAGGGAUUACUUGAAUGUAUAACAUUCGGUUGUAGGCCAAUCACUACAUGUACUAUUGAUGUCUUCUGACCACCACAAAAUGCAGCGUCUGAUUUUCUUAGUUGCAGCAUUACUGCUUACAUGUAUAUCACGGGGAUCUGUUCCUUGCACCUUGCAAACCACUACAGGCAGCCAACCACAAGAAUGACUUGACAGUGACGCAGCAGGUGGGGAAAUCAGCAAGUGUCAUUACCAGAUAAGAUCGACACGUUCGUAUCCUAUUCUAUGUAACUGUCACAUUACUGAGUGUGGCGUGAAACAACAAACAUCUUGUCGCUGUAUGACCGAGACAUUUAAUAAUGUUGCAUUCACUCACUGAUAGUAAACCAAUCGUUGACGAAUUUUAUUUUAGAUAAUAUAUCCCCGAUCAUUUGGCCAUCACAUGAUUAGUGAGUUUGGUUUAACGCCAUUUUUAACAUUAUUCCAGUCAUAUGUCAGCUGGAUGUUGGAUGGAAUCCUGACGUGAUGCAGGCUGUAGACGUUUAGACGCAAACGGAUUGUGCUGAAAAACCUAGAAACAUAAUUGGGGCAAACCAAGUUUCGAAUCACAGCAUAGGAAAUUGCGAUCUGUAGACGACUCCCCCGUAACACACACACACCUCCCAUCAUAUAAUGAUGACAAAUAAAUUGUCAAUGUUGUAGAAUAAUAAGUUCAUAUUAUUUGCCAAAACCGAAUCCAAAGUUAAAAUAAUCAAUCAAUACUGAGGCCUUGAAUGUUGUUACCUUGAUCAAACAACUUAUAUUCUGUGGUAACUGUAUGAGAGUCAGUAACUGACAAUGAUACAUCCAUGUUUCAAAAUAUCCUCAAAGAUUAUCUUGAUGUGGUAGGAUUUGUAACGAUAACUGCAAGUAGUAAGUUUUGUGUCAGUAGUGAUCAUGAUAACCAUGUCUCAGAAACUGACAAUGAUGAAGCCAUGUUUAACAAAAUCAUGAAUGUUGACAUUACCCUUGACUUAUUUUCACUAGAAUCUGGAUCCUCAUACUAAAGAAAGUGUAUAAAUAUUGUCUAGUUUGAUGAAAAAAGUAUUUAUUCCUUUUGUGUCAGGUGGUCAGAUUUGGGAAUGUGACUCUUUCUGUGUCGUCCUUCCUAUACUUGCUCAUUCUUUAUUUCACUAGUUUACCUGGUCCUGACAUGAAUAUCUACAGGCUGACAUGGUGUAGUGGCAGUGAAUAAGAUAUACUAAGAUGACGACUCUAUGUAUGGCCCUGCAUUAUAGUUAUCCAUACAUUGAUGGAGACAGGUGGCAGGCAAUACGUGGAAAACACACGGUAGAGGAAUCAUUGUGUAAAUAAAAGGUCAUAUUGCGGAGGAUAUAUAUGUCAUAAACACCAUCUGUUACCAAUUAUUCUCAUGUGGCACGCCAAACAUUUCUGUUUUCACUGAUCUGUUUCACAUAACAUAAAUUCUCAAAAAAAGAGGAAACGGAUACGUGGUACAGCUGCCUGUACCCUGAAGAUGAAGCCAUUAUCAUCCAUCUUUAUUUGUCACAUUGCACACGAUUCUGAUGAUAGUCACAUUUGUUUAUUUAUUUCAUUUUACACCAGUUUGAUUAUGGAUAUGUCUAGCUUUUAUUACUUUUGCGUCUCUUGUACAUUUUCCAUUUCUAUUAAAUAUAUCCUUCCA